AUGUCAUUCGGCUCGGGCUUCGGCUCGUCCACCCCGGCCAACACUUCAGCCUUCUCGUUCGGCGGUGGUGCUGCGACAACGGCUACUCCGAUCAGACCAGCUGGUUUUGGUUCAAGUAACUUUGGAGGAUUUAACACACCAGCUGCGACUUCUCAACCAUCGCUGUUUGGUACGCCAGCAGCUACACAAGCAUCUGGUUUUGGUACUGGAACAUUUGGUACACCAGCUGCAACAGGUUUUGGUACAUCAACAACAACCACCACCAACACUUUUAGCACACCAGCUAAUAAUUUCAGUUUUGGUGGAAAUACAAGUGGAUUUGGUACAACACCUACUGCAACAUCAUCGGCACCGACGUUUGGUUUAGGAACAACAGCCACAACUAAUAGUCUUGGUACAGCUACUUUUGGAGGCUUUGGUGGUGGAGGAUUUGGCACUAAUCCAACAACUUCCACAUCCUCUAACUUAUUUGGAGGAUUUGGAGCUAACACAAGCACACAACCAAGUACUUUUGGAACAAAUACUUUUGGAGGAUUUGGAGCUAAGCCUGCAGCAACUACUGCUUCCACUGGUUUUGGUGGUUUUGGAACAGGAAAUGCUUUUUCUAGUUUUGGUUCGGGCUUAACACAACAGCAACAGGUGCAACCACAGCAGCAGCAACAACAACAGGUUCAAUCAAAUGCAAAUGCAAUAUCUGAAGCUUUGUAUAACGCAGUAUUUAAUUGUCAGUUAUUUAAUGACGAAAGAGAUAAUACCAUAGCUAGGUGGAAUUUAAUUCAGGCAUUAUGGGGUACAGGAAAGGCUUAUUAUUCAGCUGCAGCUCCACCUAUAGAAUUGAAUCAAGAAAAUCCUUUAUGCAGAUUUAAAGCGAUUGGAUACAGUCGGAUGCCUGAAAAUGAUAAUAAUGAUGGUCUAGUAGUUCUCUGUUUUGCCAAAAAAGAACAAGAAUUGAAAGAUGGCAGGCCUCAAUUCAUUGCAUCUUUGAAUCAAAUUUUGGGUAAUAAACCCAAUCUCACUGUUACAGUUGACAGUACCAAACCAGUUGGUGAAAGUAAAAGUCAGGCCACUAUUUUUGUAACUGAAAAAGGAGUUACUGGCUCUGCUAGAAAAAUUCCGGCCAAUGAACUAUACACUUACUUUACACAGGGUAUGCAAAAACAACAACUUACCCAAAUAGGGGUGGAAAAUAUUUUCCCUCAAGUCAAAUUGGAUCCAGCUCAAAUCAAAGAGUAUAUGGAUAAUCCACCAUGCUCCAUUGAUCCACGUUUAUGGAAACAGGCCCAACUUGACAAUCCUAAUCCUGAAAAUUAUAUACCUGUGCCUAUGAUAGGGUUUCAACAAGUUAAACAUAGGCUUAAAUGUCAAGAGGAAGAAACUGGUAGACACCGAGCUUUUCUUGAUAUGGUUGCAGAAGAUAUUCAGGGUCUGCAGAGGCAGCACAUAGCUACACAGGCUAGACUAAAAGAACAUCGUAGAACACUUUUGGAGCUUCAACACAGAGUUCUUUCGGUUCUCGUGCGUCAAGAAACUAGUCGAAAAGUUGGUUUUUCUUUGCAACCGGAGGAAGAAACUCUAACGAAUAAAUUUGAAGCCAUGCACUCCCAAAUUAGCGCACCCACGCAAUUCAAAGGUCGAAUUAGUGAAAUGCUAUCUCAAUUAAGAAUGCGAAGACAUACAGAGAAUCAAAGCCAAGAAAGAUACACAAUGGAUCCAAUGGCUCAGGACGACAUUAAAUCGUAUCUAAAUAUGGAGCAGCAAGGAAUGGCACAACUUAUUGACACCGUCAACCACGAUUUAGAAAGUUUGAAAAUUAUAAAAGAUGGAAUGUCGGAACUCUUAAGCAGUCACGGUUCAGUGUCUUGAAUAAACAAGUGCUAGACAAUACAAAUGUAUAAUUUACCUUAUGAACUUAAUGACAAAUUCAUCGAAGAAAAAACUAUAUUUUUUAAAGUUUUGUAAAGUGAUGAUACUCAUCCCUGGAUAGCUAAUUUUGUUAUUUGGAC